CUGAUCUGUUGUUUUAAUGCGUCAACGAAGCAAGUUAUCUGAAGCGUCCUCCCGACUAAAGUCUCACUGGUAUGAUUUGUAAUCGUGAUUGAUCUGGAAUGCCACUAAAAUUAAAUUUCAAGAGGACACACAGAUAUAAUGUUGCGGCUAAAGACCUUCAUGUCAUAAGAAUAUACACACUUGAUAACACAUGCGUUGAGUAUACCGUCUCAUCUAAUACCACUGGUCGCGAUGCGUUAGAAUAUGUUGCUCAGAGGUUGGAUAUCGAAGAAAUCUACUUUUUCGGAUUUGUUUAUGAGGACUGGGCUGGCGAACAUCGGUGUCUAUUUCUAAAUAAGUCAAUAAAGAAACAGCUAGAUAAAUAUGCCCGCCAGCAUGCUCUAACUCUUACUGUUAUGCUGUUCAUCGAUAAUCCUCAGUUCAUACCAGAUCCACAGAUAAGGUUAGAACUUUUUAGUUUACAUAAUUGAUAGGCGCUGGUUCUAUCUUCAGCUUCGUAGGAAUGUUGCAAUGGGUCUCCUACCUGUCACGUUGAAACUGGCAAUCAAACUUCAAGCAUACAGUCUUCAAGCUGAGUUUGGUGACUUUGUUGACAUUGAAACUACUUUAUCCAAUUGGAGAGAAAGGAAUCUACAGUCAGAAACACCUGUUGUCGGUGCUUUUGACUUAUCGACAACCGAAUACGUUGAUGACAUAGUUUGGGGCUAUUCACACCUGCAAGGAGUCUCUCAGGAUAAUGCGAUUUGGUACUUUUUGGAUGAAAUUCGUCACAAUCCUCUCUACGGAGUUCGAACAUUCACAGGCAUGACAUGUCGAAAUGAAGUUGCUGAACUUGGUGUUUCACGUAAUGGUAUAAAUAUUACAACAUUUGAACCUCAACGGCAAACUAUUGCUAAUUUAAAAUGGGAACAUAUCAAGGAUCUUACUUAUGCGCGUAAAACAUUUACUAUUCAACUUUUGAAAAAAGGCAAAUCCGUUCACUUCAUAUUUGAAGACAAUGAGAGCGCCCGUUACCUAUGGCAGUUUUGUAUUCAAAUGCACAGUAGUUAUAUUGAUUACUGGACACAUGUAAAGUCAGUCCCUCCACAACCAGCAGUCCAUAUCUCUGAGCCACCAGAUAUAUUACGAGGUACAGAACUGCGUUGUGCUAAUUCUGGUUCACCGGUGUUAAAUACAUUUGCUACAGAACUAUCGACAUCUCAACAACCAAGUCAACACUGCAGCAAAUAUUCUAUUGGAAAAUCGAAUGGAGACUCACAAAUAAAUUCUACAAACAAUUCAGAUCAACAGCCUUCAGUUGCAAUGGUUAAUCCAUGCAAUUUAUUGAAUCAGUUCAGAAUUGAUUCGAAUUCUACAGCACUUAAUAGUGAUAGUAGAACCUUCAGGAUUAAUCCUCCUCCAAGAAGACCUAGUGAGGCUACAUGUGCAAUAUCACUGAACUCAAAUUGUGUUCAAACUAACUUUGUAAACAAACUUACAACUGCAAACACAGAUUUAUCCAAUGGAUUUAAAGAGCAACAUUUAGAUAGUGAGUCUGGAACUCUUGUUGGUCACUGGAGUCUAAAAAGCGGUGCGGGUACAUUAGAUUCUCAACUUUUGAACAAGGGUUGUGUAACAUGCCUUCCUGGACGUGAAUGUUUGAAGCCGACUGGUUGGUUCCAUUCAAAGAAUACUGGUGUAAAUACAACAUCUACAUCAAAUGAUUUAAAAGAUAAUCAUACUGAUCCAUCGUCUUCAACACAAUUGAAAAUGAAGGAAAACCCUAAAAAUGAUGAAGAAAAGUCUAUAUUGAGUUGUCAGCAACAGAAAACAAAUGAAGCAAAUCGAGAGAAUAAAGUUAGCAAAAGUCACCGAUCGCAUAAGCAUCGACAAACAAAACGUCAUCACUCAGAACAAGCCAAGUCAGAAAGAAGUCUAAUGACCGAUAUGACAGGUGACUUUAAUAGACAUGAGCAAGCAAAUUGCAGUGAGCAUUUAACUACACUACAAUUAUCGGCGGUAGAUAUUGCUUUAAAUAAGAAAGAGGUAUGUCCUGGACAAUCAUCUCCUUCAUCUUUAGCGUCUUCAGAUAGCUCGUCCGAGCAUGUAUUAGUUUCUCCAAGAGCUUCAUUCUCUUCUUCGUCUUCAAGUUGUACAGCAAGUAUUAAAAAAAUUGAUCUUGUUCACGUUGCACAACAUCGAUCUUGUAGCUCGUCCACUUCAAGUAGUUCAAGUAAUUCAAUUACUCAAGCCGACUUUGAGACAAAUGAAGCUAGAAAAAUAUCAUUUGGUUUUGCAGCUUCCCUAUGCACAUCUGCUCAUAACGUGACAUUUAAAGGAUCAUCGAAGUCCAAUACACGUGGGAUUAACUCAGGGUCUUGUUCCACAUUUGCAUCGGGUCGUAAACUUUGGCACGAACUUAUUCAGUCAAACAAUGGAGGAAUUUUACCACUGAUUAGUGGUUUAAGUCAGCGUCAUUACCGACCUCAAUCUCAAAUGAAGCGACAUCAAUCCGCAAUGAUGGCUGAGUCUAAUGCUCACAAAAUUGAAUCCGAGAGUUUAUCUUCUAAACAUUUACAAACUAGUUAUAACUCUAAAGAAACUACAAAUGAUUCUACAUCACAUAUUCAUAAAUCAGUUACACAUUUAUGUUCAUCAAAUAAUCCACUUCAUGAAUUUCAACGUUGGUUUUCAUCUGCAAAAACGCGUAUACCAUUCGGUUGGACAAAUAAUAACACUAAUCGAGGAACAACAAUGCAUAUAUCUGCUCCACUUUCUUAUCAAACUUCUGAAAAUUGUUGUAAAACACAAGCAACAAAAUCUGAAAAUGAACGAAGAUUUGGCGUAACAUCGAAUUCAGUAUCACCAACCCCUCAUCAUAAUUUAGGCAAUCAAUUUAAGUCACAAACUGGACGUCUUGAAAGAUCUUCUAGUGAAUCAUACUCUCGUUCACUUGGUUUACAGUUAAACAAUUCUAAAGGUGAUGUGACAGCCAAUUUAGAAAAUUCUAAAUUAGAUGAUGUCAACUCACAAAAACUGAAAUCUUUCACAAUUAAUACAAGCAAUACACAGGCGAAUGAAACGAAAAUUCUAACGCCAACUAUUCACUUAUUACCACCUAGUCCUACACGACCACAAAUGAAAAUUAAUGGCAAUAAACAAGUAAAUAUUGAAAAGAGCGAUUCACACAAUAUAAAUUUGCCAUCAGCAUCAUGCUCUAAGUUCAAUGUUAAUUCACAAGAUAAUGAAGGUGAUAAAAAACAUUUUAAUACUAAUCCUGUUUAUAAUAAAUCUGACAUGGAUAAUAUCAAUAUGAUUUCUGAAACUAAAGAUGAUAUUUUAAAAAAUCCACAGCUUAAAAUCUCCCCAAGGCCAUUGAAUCAGUUAAGUCAACAUGAACAAGGAAAUUUCCGUACUUCUUCAUCUUCCUCAUGGCGACUGUUUCCUUGUCCAUUGACAAUAAAUGAGGUUAAUCGCCUAGCUGUUACUCCACCUAGAAAAUUUGUUAAUUCUCCAUCGGAAAAUUACUGUCUUUCACUUACGGAAUGCCAUUCUAAUCGACUUGUAUAUGGUGAACCAGGCUAUCAGAAGUCGAACUUUGAUCAUCAUACUAAUAUCAAUGCCAAUUUAUCUUAUACAACCAUUACUGAAGAAGUUCUAUGCAAGCCAGAUGAAAAGCUCCAGAAUAUGAAGCAUUCAAUCGGUGGAAAUAUAAAUCAAAGGCAUUUUUCUACCACACCAACUACCCCAGUAAGUCGGCCUAACUUCGUAUGGGGGGAUGAUUUUGAACAACCAUAUGAGCAUAAAAUCCCUCAAGAAAUAUCUAAUCCUCUACCUGAACAAGAUGAAUGUGAUGGUACGCAACAGACAAAUGUAAAUUCAAACGGGACUGUAAUUAAUCCGACGAAUGAUAACAAGACAUUCAAUGACUCACUUAAUAAUAAUAUGUGGUCUUUAUCUAAUCAUCAAUCAAAAAGUAAAUCUAUAGUUAAUGCUGAGAACUAUUCACCUGAAACUAUGGAAAAUAGUCAAGAACUUGAAAGUAAACAAUUAAGUAACACAUUGUUAACCACAUCUAGUUCAUCAGAUCAGUGUAGUAUACCGCGUCCAUCUUCCGGUACAAUGCAUCUACUCACAAACUCUGAUAUUCAUCAGCUGUUGAGUUUAACUAAUUUAAGAGAAACUGAACUCGCUCAUCGUUUACUGGCUGAAUAUCGUCAAGUUUUACUGCAUCAGCAAUCUUUACACACAAACAGUGUAAGUACGCCUAAUCUGAGUGCAAGUCAAGAGUUGCAGAUUUUAUCUUCAUCGACUGCAGCAGAAGAUAUCGAAGGUCAUGGUGAACAGAUGAAUUCUUCAAGUCAAGAAAAAUCUAGAAAUACAACAUGGAAUAAAGCGUCGGAUGAGUGCAAAGAAAGAUCGAAAAACCAUCGAAAAAAUAACCAUAUAUCUUCUAAUUCAAUGCGUAAUCCAUCUGAUGCUUUGAACAACAACCAAACGGGUGUAAAAUUCAAAAUUCGACGUAAUCGAAAUGUCGAAAUUCAGUCGAUUGAUUCCCCUGAUUACGUCAAUGCAGCAGCCUUUAGAAAUGAUAGACGAACUACAAACGACAGGCCGCUCAGCUUGGCUAGUUCAACUGAUAUUGACUCGAAUGCAACAUUCCGUGUGCUUUCGAGUUUUGAAAUGCGUACCAGUAGUGGUGGUAACUAUUCCACAGGUAAUCUAAUCAUUCCAAAUGAUAGUAUGGGAAGUGAAGAGACAACUAUGGGUUUAUCAGUUGAUUUAACAAACCCUGACAGUCAACCUGGUAUUGAGUCUACUACAAGUCAGUCGUCUAAUAAAUCAUCAGAUCAAGGGAAGAAAUCAACAAAAGAGAAAAAUAUUAAUGAAGAUCAUAGGGAUAAGAAUUCAAACAGAGAAGUUUAUUCACAUGAGAAUGUUACUCGUAAUGAUGGGGAUGAUUCAAAUGUUUACAAUCAACCUCCAGAUAUAUGCAUGGUACAGAAAGUUAGUUCAUUCUCAAUCAAAGAUUACUUAAAUAAACCGCGAUUCAGAGUUGAAGGUAACCAGUUGUCUUCAUCAAAUCAACAAGGUAUACAAGGACGACGUGUUAUUGGAGAAUAUGAAAAUCUUGAAGCAAUUUCUUAUGAAAAAAACAAGAAGAAUGGUUUACCGAACCACUUGUACAACUCUACUCAUCAGCAUCAGGAUGGUGCUCAAUGUGGUUCACUUGAUUCUCACUUACAGUCAUCAACUAUGGGUAAAACUUUAAGUAUGUCUCAAAAUACUCCUCCAGCAUCUGUAUCAACACUAACGCGUUCAGGUGCAUCAACAACGCCUUCACCGUCAACCUAUUCUGCAUCAUCAUCCUUGUCAUCAUCUUCUUCUUACUCAGAUUUAGGAUGCAUCGAUACAAAUCAAACAGUAUUAUCAAGAAAACACUCAUUGGGUUUGAGAACUUGUAACAAUGGCAAAGAUAUAUCGCAUUCUUCACCAUGGCAUCAAUUUUAUCAUUUGGAGAAUGGAGUGAAGUUAAAUAAAAACCAUAGGACUGAGGGGAGGUAUGAUAUUCCUUUGACUAUUAUUACUCCUCGCUUCAAAAAACGUAUUAAAUAUUGUAAUUGUGGUUGUCAUGCCUCAGUUGAUCAUUUUAAAAUCAUCAAAGGGAGUUCAUCACGAGCUGAAAAUACUAACAAUUUAAGUUUGAUGGAUGUAUCGAAUCCUACAGGACAUCGACGUAUAAAGCAAAAAGCUAGAUCGUUUGAACCAUUUUCUAAAAUUAUCAAAGUUAAACCAUCUGAACAUCACUACACAUCUGUUUGCUUUGAAGAUGUCAAUAAAGGUGUAGUUCCCAGUGAAAGUGCUUCAAGUAAUAUCCAAGAGUAUCAAAGGAAACAUUUCAAAUCAUCUAAUCGUAAACUACACCAUAUUAUUACGUCACAUAUACCAAUAAAUAUAAAUCGUCUUAAUCAUCAGCCUUGUUGUCAUUGUGAAAAGAUUGAUCGUCAUUCACACGAUGAUGUCAGCACAUCUGUCACCACAUCACCUACAGAUAGUCCAUGUCUAUCAUCUGCUUCAUCUUAUUCAUUUUCUACUUCUUCCCUAGACGUUCAACCAGCAUUCAACUGUCCACAUCAUUUACAUAUUCCCAGUUAUACAUCGGUUGUUAUAGCUCAUAAAAGCGAAAGAAAUCAUCGAGGCGGUAGUCUAGAGCCAAAUAAUGCUAUUCAUCGUUCUGUUUCACAUAAAUCAAAAUUGAAACACUUCAGUAAAUCUUCAAAACGUCAAUCAUCAGGUAGAAAAGAACAUCAUGAUGCUAAUAGCCAAAGUACAUGCUCAGUUGGUUUACGUUAUGCAGAAAAUUAUAAACGUGAACAUUGUAGUUGUUGUGAAUUUCACGAAACAGGUAAUAAAAAAGAUUUAUUGGAAAAUUAUGAAAGAAAUAACAAUAGUAAUAAACCUGUGCGUCGCCUACCUUCUCGAUUGCCUCUUCAUAACAAUAAUAAUAAUAAUAGUAGUAAUAUUAACAGCCAUUCAUCUACUUACUCAAAACACUUAGAGCAUGAGUUGAAUAGUGAUGAAAAGCCUCCAACAGUUAAAAAGAAAUCCAACGAAAUUAAUAAUAAUAACAACAACAUGAAUACUAAUAACCCUAACAGAGGACAAUUAUUGUACUCUAAUAAUGAAAAAAGAUUAAAUGAUUCAUCGUUUACAACGAAAGAUCCAAACAGCAGUAAUAUCGCACAUAAUAACCAAUCUAUACCAAAUCUGGAAAACGAAAAUUCUAUUAAACCACCAAGACCAAAAGACUUGAAGUUGCUUUCCAGAAAUCAGAAUUUCGGCCAUGAUCUAAAACAUUAUAGAUCAUCUUCUAAUAAAAGGAUUUCAUUUUUUAAAAAGAAGAUCCCAAGUGAAUCUCAAAUUACUGCACAUAUUCAAAGUGAAGAGGCAGAUAAACCUGUAGACAAAGAAUAUAACCCGUGCAGUAGUAAAGAAAAGAAAUUUCUGCACACUACUCAUACACAAAUGCAUACCCCUCUUCCUUCGCCUGACUUAAUUUGUAGAUCUAAUACAAAGAAAAAUGAUUUUACCGGUGGAACUCUUCGAUCUACAAAAGGAUUAGAUUUCCGUCGUGAAACUUCAUCAAAGACAGAUGAUUGCUUGCAUGGGAACAAAACACGUUAUGAAGAUCAUUAUCCAGAACAUGAAAAUGUAGGAAAUGUUGGAACUAAAGUGAUUGGAGUAAGGGAUAGCUGCCAAGAGAAGGAUACUCGUGGUUCUUUCCACAGUAAUAUUCCAAAACCAUAUCGAGAAUCAGUUAAUUCUCCAACAAAAUCAUUCAAACAAAAAUCAUCUUCAACAAACGAAUAUUCUCCAUCGCGUGGACUAGUUUACACUGCAUCUGUGGUAUUUAAUCCAACACUGCAACGAGAUGCUAAUCAUACAAAGUGUGAUCCGUCUUCACUUGGUGUUGAAAAGUCUAGACGUUUCGGUCGUCAGUCUGAACCAAAAAUUGUCCCGCUUCUCCGUAGCGUUUCUAUUGAACCUACACUUAAAAAAGACAAUGCAUUUACAGACUCCUGUUGUAGUCAGAGUGACACCAAGUUAAAAGAUAAUAGUCACUUGCAGUUACAUGGUACCUAGAUAACUGCCCAACAUAUCGCUUUAGUGAAAGAGAGACCAAUCGUUCAGUUUUAUUCUUUUAUGUGUAUAGUCCACUAAUCUACAAACCUUUGCGUCCUCCUUCUGCUCCUGGAAAUUCAUAUAUAUUAUUCACACAUAACAUUUGCUUAUUUACUCGAAGUAUCCUGACGAAUAAAAGUAUUUUUUACUUAAUCAUCAUUUUCUUAUAUAUAUAUGACCUUAUAUGCAUAUGUAGUUUUAUCAAUGUACACUCCAAUCGAAGUUUUUUCUCUUAGUAUCUAAAAAUAUAAUAUAAUUAAUAAACAAA